AUGCGACGUCUAAUUUAUACAGCCUUGUUGCUAAACACAUUAUUAUAUACAAAAGCAAUAGACAUCUACGAAGAAGACGAUACGGUCGACGGAGAAAAUGGACCUUAUGAUAUACCUAAUAACAUAGAAAAUAAUGCAAACGUUCGAAGUUUUAGAAACUCUCGUAUACUCUGGCCGUAUCCUUUAAACAACAAAAGUGAUCCCAUCAAGGGUAAUGAGGAGCCUAGUUCAGACGAAAAUGUACUGCAUUUGUCCAAACUUAAGAAUGGAAAUAGAAAAGCAAGGUUCGGAUAUUGGUCCUACCCUCAGAGUCCUAUAGUGGAUAUUAUGAUGCAAACCGUAGCCUCGAAUUACAAUCCCACGAAUGCAAACCACCCAUUUGAUUUUUUGAGAGAUUCAUAUCCAUUGCCAAAAGGUUACUAUGAGCCUUUAAAUGAGUAUGACUACGUAAUAGUCGGUGCUGGUUCUUCUGGCUCAGUGCUAGCAGCUCGUCUCACUGAAGAUAAGCCAAGGGCUUCUGUCUUGCUGAUAGAAGCUGGCAAGCCGGAGAUGUUACUCUCAGAUAUUCCCGCUUUAACCCAAUACCUACAACAGACAGAUUAUGUCUGGCCAUAUACUAUGGAACAUCAACCUGGUGUUUGUAUGGGCAGCGAAGAGCAGCGAUGCUAUGCACCUAGAGGCAAGGCAAUUGGUGGUAGUAGUGUCACAAAUAAUAUGUUCUACACGCGAGGCAGGCCACAGGAUUGGGAUAGAAUUGCAGCUGACGGAAACUUUGGAUGGUCAUACGAAGAAGUAUUGAAAUAUUACAUGAAAUCUGAAAGAUCCGAACUCAAAAAAUAUAGAGACCAAGCCUAUCGCGGCCGUGAUGGAGAACUUACAGUAGAGAACGUUCCAUUCAAAACUGGUUUAGUUGAAGCAUUCCUUGCAGCUGGAAGGAUGUUAGGUCAUCCAACAAUCGAUUACAAUGCUCCAGAUCAACUAGGUUUUGGCUACGUUCAAACGAUAACUAACAGAGGUCAUCGUCUUAGUACUGCUAAGGCGUUCCUGCAUAGACAUAAAGGGCGCAAAAAUCUACAUAUAUUGAGUGAAGCUAAAGCUACAAAAAUCAUAAUUGAUCCACAAACAAAGAAAGCUUCAGGAGUUGAAUAUAUAAAGAAUAACAUUAAGCAUAGAGUUAAUUGUAGACGAGAAGUUAUUCUAUCAGCUGGACCCAUUGGUUCACCUCAAUUACUUAUGCUCUCGGGAAUAGGCCCCAAAGAACACUUACAAACUCUGGGAAUACCUGUUGUUAUGGACCUUAAAGUUGGAAGAACUCUUUAUGAUCACAUCGGUUUCCCUGGUGUAAUAUUUAAGCUAAAAAGUACUAAUGCUAGUUUAUUGGAACCCAAGGUUGCCACAAUACCAAACUUAAUGCAGUGGCUUCAGUUCGGCGAUGGAUUACUCGCUUCACCUGGUGGAGUUGAGGCAAUUGGAUAUCUAAAAACAGCAUUAUCAGAAGACCCUGAGUUGGUUCCCGAUAUUGAACUUGUAAGUAUGGGUGGUUCUAUCACUUCAGAUUCAGGAGGUGCGAUAAGAAGGAGUAUGAGAAUAUCUGAAAAUACAUAUGCUCGAGCAUUUCACUCAUUGAAUGGUAUGGAUACUUGGCAAGCUAUACCAACACUUCUUUAUCCCCGAUCCAAAGGAUAUAUGGAACUGCGAGAUACCAGUCCAUUUUCACAUCCAAAACUAUACGGAAAUUAUUUAACUGACCCAAAAGAUUUAGCGACAUUAAAAGAGGCAGUGAAACAUAUAAUUCAAUUGGGAGAAUCUCAACCAUUCAAAAAAUACGACGCAACAUUACAUUUACCGCAAUAUCCCAGUUGCUCAACAUAUCCCUUAGGUUCUGAUCCUUACUGGGAAUGUGCUAUUAGAACCUUGAUCGUAUCUUUCCACGAGCCUAUCGGUACGUGCAAAAUGGGACCAUCAACUGAUUUUGAAGCCGUUGUAGAUAAUAACCUAAGGGUGUACGGCAUUGAAGGCUUAAGGGUUGCCGAUGCUAGCGUUAUUCCUAGACCCAUUGGCGCCAGAACAAACGUUCCUGAAAUUAUGAUUGGAGAAAAGGCUGCUGAUUUGAUAAGGAAUACGUGGUCAAAUAACAUUUAA